AUGGCCAAUACCUCCUGUGUCACCGAGUUCCUACUUCUGGGCUUUUCCAGCCUCGGAGAACUGCAGCUUGUUCUCUUUGUGGUCUUUCUCUUCCUCUAUCUGAUCAUCCUGAGUGGAAAUGUCACCAUCAUCUCAGUUAUCUUCUCAGAUCACAGCCUCCACACGCCCAUGUACUUCUUUCUAGGUAUCCUUUCUACCUCUGAGAUCUUCUACACGAUGGUUAUCCUGCCCAAGAUGCUUAUCAACCUGCUUUCUGUAUUCAGGACACUCUCCUUUGUGAGUUGUGCCACCCAGAUGUUCUUUUUUCUCGGUUUUGCUGUCACCAACUGCCUGCUUCUAGGAGUGAUGGGCUACGACCGCUAUGCUGCCAUCUGCCAGCCUUUGCACUACCCCAUUCUCAUGAGCUGGAGGGUGUGUGGACAACUGGCAGCAACUUGUAUGGUUAGUGGCUUCCUAAUAUCUCUGAUGGGAACCACUUUGAUCUUCAGUCUCCCUUUCUGUGGUUCCAGCAGGGUCAACCACUAUUUCUGUGACAUUUCACCAGUCAUCCGCCUCGCCUCUGCAGAGAGCUACAUCUAUGAACUGGUUAUCUUCAUCUGUGGGGUCUUGGUGCUUGUGAUGCCCCUGAUCUUCAUCUGCAUCUCCUAUGGCUUCAUUGUCCACACCAUCCUGAAGAUCCCAUCAGCUGAAGGCAAGCAGAAAGCCUUCUCCACCUGUGCUUCCCAUCUCAUUGUGGUCAUUGUCCAUUAUGGCUGUGCUUCCUUUGUCUACCUGCGGCCCUCAGCCAAAUAUACAUCAGGCAAAGACAGGCUGGUGACAGUGACUUAUACCAUCAUCACCCCACUGUUGUACCCCAUGGUUUACAGCCUCAGGAACAAAGACGUACAGUUGGCCAUUUGGAAAAUGAUUGCCAAGACUGGGUUUUCACUUAAGACUUUAUAA